CCACGGCAGUUAGUAGUCCGCCGACCGCGAUCACCUCGGGGUCGAGUUUUCUACACUUGUCGAGUGUUCCAGUCGUGAAAGUUUUUCAGUGAGAGCAGCGGUGUACACUAGGAGUACACCCAGUGGCCAUCGGCACCAUGACGGUCCCCAGGACUGUCAUACACAACCCGCUCGGGGCUCUACUGCUGGUGUGUCUGCUCGCAGCAGCGCUCACCGCAGCUUUUGAUCAGAACGACGAGGACUUAACAUUUGACGACGAAGGUGUGGUGCGGACCCGGCCCAAGGUUGAGGUUGCCCCAGUGGCGGCCCCCUUGCAGGACUCCUCGACUACUUCCACCCACAAGCGCAUCCGAAGACAGCAUAAUAUACCAUAUUCGUAUGACGAUGAGGAUGCUGAGGGCUCGGCCAUCGAAGGCUCCGGUACAGAGCAACAACACAUCUAUCGGGUAAAGAUGCAAGUGCUUAGACCCUGGAGUCUACAGUACGCUGAUAAAACAAGUGCUACAUAUACUACCUUGCAAAGGAAUAUUAGAAGUGCUAUGGAAGUUAUUCUCAGGGCAGUUCAUGGACAGACUGAUGUAAAAGUUGUAGAUAUGAGGAAAUCGGCAUCCAAUAAUAUUAUGGUGACAAUAGACAUCGCAAAUGAAUGGGCAAGUGACCAGAAAGCAUUCAUUGAAAGGCUAGUAAAGGAUACUGUAGACUCGCAGGUCCUCGGUGCCAUCCCAGUUAGCAGCCAAGACUUCAUAUUCUUCGAGCCUGGAGCCCCAACCAUUCAACCUGAGUGCAGGGCAGACCAGUGGAAGUGUCCGUCUGGUCGGUGUGUUGGGCACUGUGAUGGUAACACUGAAUGCCUUGAUGGCUCUGAUGAGUAUGGCUGUCAAGUAGACACAGCUGACCAGAAAGGUUGCCGUGCUGAUGACCAGAUUACUUGUGAGGAUAACUCUAUCAUAUGUCAAGUACAACUCUGUGACGGUAAUGUCGACUGUCCAGAUGGAGAUGAUGAGGAGAACUGUGACACAGCUGACCAGAAAGGUUGCCCUGGGGAUGACCAGUAUACUUGUAAGGAUAACGCUAUCAUAUGUCGAGUACAACUCUGUGAUGGUAAUGCCGACUGUCCAAAUGGAGAUGAUGAGGACAACUGUGGAUGCGCUCUCUCGGAGUUUGUGUGUGAUGGCAGCCGGUGUUUGUCCAAUGAUAAGAAGUGUGAUGGGAACCAAGACUGUCAGGAUAAUACAGAUGAGGCAAGAUGUGUAACACCAACACGGCCAACGUGUCGUUCAGACCAGCAGGGCCCCAACCCAUGUGACGAUGGUAUAACUUAUGCCUGCAGCUGUGAUGGGAUUAAAGACUGCCCAGGCGGUGAAGAUGAAAGGGGUUGUUCCAUUGAAUGUGGUGAAAACUUUUUUGAAUGUGAUAAUAGAACCCAGUGUAUCCCAAUCGCAUCUGUUUGUGAUGGUAAUCAAGACUGCACCGAUAAUAAAGACGAAGCUAAUUGUACUCCGAUAGAAGUUACAUGUCGAUCUGAUGAGUUUAAAUGCAACAGUGGUGAGUGCAUAGAACAUUUCCGGCGCUGCGAUUCUGCAACAGAUUGUCGGGAUGGCGAGGACGAAGUGGCAUGUCCCUGUGAAGCUCCCAAGUUCCAGUGUAAUAGUGGCAUGUGUAUCGAACCUGAGAAACGCUGUGACGGCACGUUUGACUGUGAUGAUGGAACUGAUGAAACUGUCAACUGUCCUUGUAUAGAUAAAUACACCUGUGGGGAUGGUUCGUGCAUUGAGUGGGACUUAAGAUGCGAUGGAUUACCCGAUUGUAAAGAUCAGUCAGAUGAGAAGAACUGCCCAGGCUGUAUAGAGGGCGCUUUCCACUGUGCGAACUUGCAGUGUAUCUCUGAGGACAGUUUGUGUGAUGGGACACAAGACUGUGAUACAGACGAGUUGGACUGUUGUGAUGGGUCAGGCAUGUUCCAAUGUGACAGUGGUAAUACUUGCCUACCUGAUGACAAAGUCUGUGAUUAUGUUAGGGACUGUAAUGAUGGGCUUGAUGAAUUACACUGUAUUCAAUGUAGUACUGGCCAAUUUACGUGUGAUAGUGGAGAAUGUAUUGACAUCACUUAUCGUUGUGAUGGGCUUCUCCAAUGCAGGGACCAAUCUGACGAAAAUGGCUGCCGGUGUAGACCUGGAGAAUGGACAUGCUCUGAUGGCUCAUGUGUGAGAGGAGAAGCACUCUGUGAUGGACUGCAGCAGUGUAGUGAUGGCUCUGAUGAAAAUAACUGUCCACCUGGAUGCACAGCUGAGCAAUGGACUUGUACAGAUGGCUCAUGUGUGGGAGAUGAGCAGCGAUGCGAUGGCAUUGCGCAGUGUAGUGAUGGUUCUGAUGAAGUAGGAUGCCCAUCACCAGGAUGCAGAUCUGAUGAAUGGACAUGUUCUGAUGGAUCAUGUCUACCAGCAUCAGCAAAAUGUAAUGGAAGGGUAGAGUGUUUUGAUGGCUCUGAUGAAGAUGGCUGUCCCCUACCAGUUUGCCGCCCGGACGAAUGGACGUGUGUAGAUGGUUCUUGUGUGCUCCAAACUGCUCGUUGUAAUGGAGUACCAGAGUGUCUUGACAAGUCUGAUGAGGUGAACUGCCCAGUAGCUUGUAGGCAAGGGGAAUGGACUUGUUUAGAUGGGACCUGUCUUCCAAUUCAAGUUCGAUGUGAUGGAUAUCCUCAAUGUUAUGAUCUCUCCGAUGAAGAAAAUUGCCCAACAUCUUGUCGUUCUGAUCAGUGGACGUGUAUAGAAGGAUCCUGUGUGCCUCAGCAAGCACGGUGUGAUGGUCGUUAUGAUUGUCCUGAUUAUUCUGAUGAAGAUGAUUGUCCAAGAGGAUGUGGUUCUGAUGAGUGGACGUGUAGAGAAGGCUCAUGUGUACCUCAACAAGCACGGUGUGAUGGUCGUUAUGAUUGUCCUGAUGCAUCAGAUGAAGAUGAUUGUCAAAGAGGAUGUGGUUCUAAUGAGUGGACGUGUAGAGAAGGCUCAUGUGUGCCUCAACAAGCACGGUGUGAUGGUCGUUAUGAUUGUCCUGAUUUAUCAGAUGAAGAUGAUUGUACAAGAGCUUGUAGAUCUGAUGAGUGGACAUGCAAUGAUGGAACUUGUGUACAUCAACUAGCAAGGUGUGAUGGUCGAUUUGACUGUCCUGACUAUUCAGAUGAAGAUGGAUGUCCACAGCCUGCUUGUGGUUUUGGUGAGUGGACUUGUAGAGAUGGAUCGUGUGUUCCACAGCAUGCUGUGUGUAAUCGUCAUUAUGACUGCCGUGACUAUUCAGAUGAAGAAAACUGUCAAACAACUUGUAGGCAAGGGGAAUGGACUUGUUUAGAUGGGACCUGUCUUCCAAUUGAAGUUCGAUGUGAUGGAUAUCCUCAAUGUUACGAUCACUCUGAUGAAAAAAAUUGCCUAACAUCUUGUAGGUCCAACGAAUGGACGUGCAGGGAUGGGUCAUGCGUACAGCAGCAAGUCCGUUGUGAUGGGGUUUUUGACUGUCCGGACCGAACUGAUGAGGAGGACUGUGUAGGAACCUGUGAUCGUACGCAGUGGACUUGUAGCGAUGGGUCUUGUAUUCCCCAAGAAAGGCAUUGUGAUGGACGUUAUGAUUGUCCUGACUACACUGAUGAGUACGACUGUGAGCCAGAAUGCAGACCUGACGAGUGGACAUGUGCAGAUCGGUCUUGUAUACCACUACAGUCAAGAUGUGAUAAGCAAUAUGAUUGUCUCGACUAUUCCGAUGAAAAUGAUUGUCGUCCAGAAUGCCGGUCUGGGGAAUGGCAGUGCAAAGACAAGUAUUGUAUACCAGAUUCUCAGCGGUGCAAUGGAGUACCCCAGUGCCCUGACCACUCUGAUGAAGAAAACUGUCCAGCUGCUUGCAUGCCUGGUGAGUUUUCCUGCAGUGAUGAUAACACUUGCAUCCCCUUCUACUUGGUGUGUGAUGGGAGACCAUACUGCCGCGAUGGCUCUGAUGAAAGGCAUUGUCCUUUGCCCCCAUGCAAUCCAAUAUUGGAAUGGCAGUGUGACUAUGGUCAGUGUAUUGACCGUAGGCUACGUUGUGAUGGAAAACAAGAUUGUCAAACUGAUAACUCUGAUGAACGAAAGUGUCCCUCGGACAUGUGCAGUCCUCCAGAGAGUUUCCGCUGCAAUAAUGGCUACUGCAUCCGAGCAGAUCAGCAUUGUGAUGGAACCACUGACUGUCAGGACACCAGUGAUGAGAAAGAUUGUCCACCCUUGUGCACGAAUAACGAGUUUCGGUGUGGCGAUGGUACUUGCAUCCCUCUGGAAGAUAGGUGCAAUGGGCUUCAAGAUUGCCUAGACCAAUUGGAUGAGACCAACUGUAAAGAUCCAUGUCGCCCUGAUCAGUUCCGAUGUGAUGAUGGCCAGUGUCUAGAUAUCAGUCAACGCUGCAAUGGCUAUGAGGAAUGCAUCAGUGGAGAAGAUGAGCAUGGCUGUCGUCCAUUCGAGUUCCAGUGUGAGAGUGGGCAAAAGAUUGAUCAACAGUACAGAUGCAACGGUAUUGUUGAAUGCCCCUUUGAUCAGUCAGAUGAAGAGGGAUGCAAAUGUAGGGCAGAUGAAUUCCGCUGUCUUCUUGAUGGGCAGUGUAUCAGCAUUCAAAAAAGAUGUGAUAGACGAAGUGACUGCAGUGAUGGGUCUGAUGAACAUGGCUGCCCUACAUCCCCACCAGUGUCUUCGUGCUCUAGUGAUGAGUUUAACUGUAGAAGUGGAGAGUGUAUUCGUCGGUCAUAUGUAUGUGAUGGAGUUCCAGAUUGUAUUGAUGGAUCUGAUGAAGCAGUUACUGAAUGUGCACCCAGCUACCCCAACCCGUGUUCGUCCAAUCAGUUCGCAUGCACCAAUGGGGAUUGUGUUGAUAUGGCCAAAAGGUGUGAUAGAAACUUUGAUUGCAUUGACAAUUCUGAUGAGCUUGGAUGUCCUCCUGGCCCAGAUCGUGAAACGUGUAGAGACAACGAAUUCAGGUGCUCAGAUGGUGCUUGCAUAGAAAUGAAUUGGCGAUGUGACAGUGUCCCUGACUGCAGUGAUGCGUCCGACGAAAAUGAUUGUAGUUGUAAAAGUACCGAGUUCCGAUGUGGGGAUGGAUCAUGCAUCCUGGAAUCCAACAGAUGUGAUGGAACUUAUGACUGUUCUGAUGGUUCUGAUGAACGAACUAAUUGUGAUAUUUCAGGAUGUAGACAAGAUGAAUUCCAGUGUAACAAUGGUGACUGUAUUCCAUUUAGUCAGCGUUGCAAUUUGAAUCCAGAUUGUGGGGAUCGUUCUGAUGAACAGAAUUGUAGCUGCGGAAGUGUUCAGUGGCAGUGUGAUACGGGAGAGUGUAUAUUCCGCACACAAAUAUGUAAUAGUGUGCGGGAGUGUCCUGAUGGUUCUGAUGAGAGAGGUUGUCCAGAUUCCUCCAAGCCUUGCUACGAUGGUCAGUUCCGAUGCAGUACUGGUGAAUGUAUUGAUCACUCUCGUCUUUGUAAUGGUUACGAUGACUGUGAAGAAGGUCAAGAUGAGAAAUUUUGUACCAACGUCAACCUCCCUUCCACCCCUGUAUAUGUCCCCGCAACCUCAGCUGGAUGUACUCCAAAUGAGUUCCUCUGUUUAUCUGGAGAAUGUGUCUCAUUGGGAGUUAAAUGUGAUGGACGAAGUGAUUGCUUCGAUGGCUCUGAUGAAGAAGAAGAAGAGUGUGGUGAACCAAGUGGUCAAAAUUGUACAGAUUUUGAGUUCAGAUGCACUGAUGGUUCUUGUUUGACCGAGAAUGUACGCUGUGAUGGGAUACCAGACUGCAGUGAUGGAUCUGAUGAACUUCUUUGUGGUAACCCAGAUCGAUGUCAGUCAUACGAAUUUCAAUGUUUGGAUGGCCAGUGCAUAUCAUUGUAUGCUCGGUGCGAUAAUACCAUAGAUUGUCAUGAUCGUUCUGAUGAGGAGGAGUGCCCUGGAGCCUCCACUACAACACCUGUUACAAUUGGUGUUCCUAGGGAAUUCAUUUGUUCAGAUGGAAGAUAUAUUGAUGAUUCUAAGCGCUGUGAUGGCAGAACAGACUGUAGUGACGGCAGUGAUGAGGCUCAAUGUGACACUGGCUAUCUCAGCCUGAGAACAUAUCCAGAUGACCAGACCAUCCAGCAGAGUCGUGAAGUGGUGUUCCAGUGCCGUGACGAAGGCUCAAUAAGAGCACCUGUGCGAUGGGUAAGAGAUGGAAAUCGUCCAUUGCCUCCUGGAACAACUGAUAUUCGUGGUCGCCUAACUAUGCCUAAUAUACAGAUUGAACACUCUGGCACAUACUUCUGUGAGGCACAAAAUGUACCAUUACCGCUUCAAGGAAGAAGGAAAUCUGUGUAUCUACAAGUUACUCCAUAUGUGGUGCCUACGCCAAUACCAACACCUCCAGUCUGUGGUGUCAACAAAGCAACUUGUAUGAAUGGUCAGUGCAUUGAUAAGGACAAAGUAUGUGAUGGAACCUUUGAUUGCACUGAUGCUUCGGAUGAAAUGCGAUGCAAUCCUUUGGGUUGUGAACCAAAUGAAUUCCAGUGUGAUAAUAAACGUUGUGUUCUCAAAACAUGGUUGUGUGACUCAGAUGAUGAUUGUGGGGAUGGAUCAGAUGAGACAGAUUGUGCUACAAAUCCACCUGGAUCAGCUUGCAGAUACAAUGAAUUCACUUGUAAGAAUGGUAACCAGUGCAUCCCUAAAUCUUUCCACUGUGAUGGAGAUGUUGAUUGUCAAGAUGGGACUGAUGAAGUGGGAUGCAGUCGACCCAGAAUUGUUAUUCCCCCUCCACGUAACAAGCUGGUACAAGUUUCAGAGACAUUUACUUUAACAUGUACCGCUGAUGGUAUUCCCAUACCAACUGUUAUUUGGCGCCUUAACUGGGGUCAUGUUCCAGCCAAAUGUAAAAUGACAAGUGUGGGGGGCAAAGGUGUGCUAGUUUGUCCAUCAGCUCAACAUACAGACCAAGGUGCAUACUCUUGUGAAGCUAUCAAUAGUCGUGGAUCCGUAUUUGCUCAACCAGACUGCAUUGUGCAAAUAGAAGGUGGAUUGCCACCCGUGUGCCAGCCACCACAGUUUAAUGCAGCAGCUGUUAAUCCCCAGGACUGUCUCACAUGCUUCUGCUUUGGAGCCACAGAUCAAUGUUACUCCACUGACAGAUACAUCACACAGCUUCCACAUCCCAAGAGCGACUCAUUUUCACUGGUAGGUGUUAAUCGGGACCAAUUCCAAGGAAACUAUGUAAUCCGUGCCAGCCAAUAUCCACUCUCAUCACGAUAUGCAUCAGCUCAGUCAGAUAUAGCUGUUCAACUUAAUGUGGACCGCAGCAAACUUGGCGGUCCUAGUGAUCUUCUAGUGUACUUCUCUCUACCCGACAGCCACAAAGGCCAGCAACUCACAACUUAUGGUGGUUUUCUCCGUUACAAAAUAAAAUAUUCAAGUGCUGGAGCAGCGCAGGACAUCAGGGGACCAGAUGUGAUCAUAAUGGGAAACAACAUCACACUUAUGCAUGUGUAUGAUGAAACGUUCAACCCUGAUGUUGAAAACCAAGUUGACGUCAGGUUCCAAACUGGUCAGUGGUUUAAGAGAGUUGUUGGUCAGGGACAAACAGUACAAUCUCAAGAGCCAGCUAGCCGAGAAGAAAUCUUGAUGGUAUUGGAAAACAUGGAGCUUCUUUUAAUAAGGGCUCUGUACAAUGAUGGACUAUUUGUGAGAGCUACACUUUCUGAUGUGACGUUGGACACUACUGAAAUAUCUAGCACUGAUCAAGGUCGAGCAGUAUUGGUUGAAGAAUGUCGCUGUCCUCGAGGCUACUUUGGACUCUCAUGCCAAGAUUGUGCACCAAACUACCGUCGGGUGUUAGGAGGACCUUGGCUAGGUCAGUGUGUACCAGACAUUGAGUGUGGACCUCUGGAAUAUGGUGAUCCUGCAAAUGGUAUUCCUUGCCUGCCAUGCUCUUGCCCUCUUACAACUCCUAAUAACCAAUUUGGCACUUCCUGCUACCUGGACACUGAUGGUCGAGUAACCUGCAAUUGCCGACAAGGUUAUCAAGGUCGUCGUUGUGAAUUGUGUGCAAGUGGUUAUGAGGGCAAUCCUAACAUUCCAGGGGAAAGUUGCAGGCCAGUGCCUCCUUCAUGUGAGUGGUAUGAGUUCAUUUGUGUUGAUAUGUCACGCUGCGUCCACAAGGAUAAACGAUGUGAUCUCGUCCAAGACUGCCCUGAUGGUUCUGAUGAGGAUUUUUGUGAGCCUGUUACCUGCAUGACCACCUUCACUUGCUCUGAUGGUUCUGUUCACCCAUGGUCUCGCCGUUGUGAUGGCAUCAAAGAUUGCACAGGUUAUGAAGAUGAAAGUGAAUGUGAUGUGUGCUUCAAUAGUGGGCAUAAGUGUGGGGACCGCCGCUGUGUUAAUUUUGCACGUAUUUGUGAUGACCAUGCCGACUGCACUGAUCAUAGUGAUGAACUUCCACACAACUGCUUGGAUAAACUUCCCUGUGAUCACAUACACUACUGGACUUGUGCGGAUCCUAGUCAUACUUGCAUCGAGAGAAGUCGUCACUGUGAUGGAAUAUAUGACUGUCCUGAUCAUUCUGAUGAGCGUUACUGCAAUUGCACUUGUGAUGAGCCUUUCCAUUUCAAAUGUAAUGAUGGUAUCUGCCUUGAUGCAAGGGUUCGUUGUAAUUCACAGACUGACUGUUCUGAUGGGUCAGAUGAAAUUGGAUGUUCUUGUAAUGUAAACACCCAGCAUACCUGUGGAGACGGAUUCUGUAUAGACCUUCAGAGAGUAUGCGAUGGUCAGAUUGACUGUCAAGAUGCAAGUGAUGAGCCAGCAGAGUGCAAUCCAAAUUGUGACCCCAUUAAUAUGCACGAAUGUGGAGAUAGAACAUGUAUAGACAUUAGGCGAGUAUGUGAUGGUACAGUUGACUGUAGAGAUUACAGUGAUGAACCAUCCAGCUGUUCUCCUAUUUGUAAUUCACAGCAUCAAUUUAUGUGUAGAAACAGGGAAUGCAUCGACUUGAGGCUCAAAUGCAAUGGCUUCAGUGACUGCAGUGAUGGGAGUGAUGAAUAUUCUUGCCCAACUUGUAAUCAAUAUCAAUUCCAAUGUGGCGAUGGAUCUUGUAUUGAUCGCCAGCAACUCUGUGAUGGCAGGGCUGACUGCAAUGACCAAAGCGAUGAAAAAGAACAAGCUGGAUGUUGUGUUCCACCAUACUUUUUCCAGUGCUAUGAUGGCGCAUGCAUUGAUGCACGUCGUGUCUGCGACAGAUAUCGUGAUUGUAAUGAUGGUUCAGAUGAAUAUGAAUGCACUGGUGAAUGUGACCCUAAAGGAAGUUACUCUGAACAGGCAGACCCAAACACUGGACUGUGCAGAUGCAAGGAAUUUGUUAUGGGGCCCAAAUGUGAUCAAUGUAAGCCAAACGCCUUUUACCUUCAUGAGGCAAAUCGAGAUGGAUGUAUUGAGUGUUUCUGCAUGGGUAUCACUCGCCAGUGUUCUUCAUCUAAUUGGUACAGGCAGCAGGAAUCAGUAUCCUUUACCAAUGACCGCCAAGGAUUUGAACUGGUUGACAAGUUCCAGAAUACAAUCAUCAGCAAUGAUAUAUUUGUUGACUCGGUCCGUCAAGAACUGGUGUUCCGGGAAUUCUCCGGAGUUUCCCAGAAGGUCUUCUAUUGGAAAUUGCCACAACGGUUCCUUGGAAACAAAAUAUCUUCUUACGGUGGUAAUUUAACAUACAGUUUGCGUCAUGUACCAGCACCUGGAGGUCAGCUUUCUACAAAUAAUGAUUUUGCAGUGGAAAUCUAUGGUAAUGACAUCACUCUAAAACACUUUAGCAGAAACCAGUUAAGUGCAACUCAGCAAGAAACAGUCAGUGUGCCGCUCUAUGAGCAAUACUGGGAGCGACAAGAUGGCCAGGAGGUCAACCGUGAGCAUUUCUUGAUGGCUUUGGCUGAUCUUGAGAAUAUUCUUAUCAAAGCAACAUAUACUACCAAUUCUCGAGAAGUGGGACUUAAAGAGGUUAUUCUGGAUUAUGCUGAACCUCGAAACACUGGUCAGAGGCGAGCCUUUGCUGUUGAAAUGUGUGAAUGUCCCGUAGGCUAUCAAGGUCUUUCAUGUGAAGAUUGUGCUGUUGGUUACACGCGGAGUUUAUCUGGCGUUCACCUUGGUACAUGCACACCUUGUGAAUGCAAUGGUAAUUCAGAAGAGUGUGAUCCAGAUUCUGGAAGAUGUUUUAAUUGCAAAGACAAUACGGCUGGAGAUUACUGUGAAAAUUGUGUCGAAGGCUUCGUCAAAUCAGGUGGCCGUUGUCAUCGUCAAGAUGGUGGUGACUGCAACUGUGAUUCACGUGGUACCGUUUCAUGUGAUAAAGGCAUUUGCCAGUGCAAGAAUACUGUAUGGGGGGACAGCUGUGAUGCAUGUCGGCCCGGAUUCUACCACCUUUCUAGUAGAAACCAAUAUGGAUGCCUACAAUGUUGGUGCAGCGGUGUCGGCUCCCAGUGUUUCUCAUCAAAUUACUAUCGCACACAGUUGCCCAUGCAACUGCUUACUGACCACGGAUUCACAUUUUCCAAUCGGCUGCAAACAAAUGUUAUUAGAGAUGGAUUUAGCAUCAGUGUAGCAAAUAAUGAAAUAACCUUCAGUGAUUUUGCUAAUCUUCAUGAUGGUGCCACUUAUUAUUGGUCCUUACCACAGAUGUUUACAGGAAACCGCCUUGCUUCUUACGGUGGUAAUUUGACCAUAACUCAGCGAUACCAGGCACAGUCUGGUGGCAAUACCUAUGCUGAUGCGGACAUCAUAAUAAGAAGUUCUGGUGGACGAGAAUUUAUUUGGAUGAUCCCACGACCUCUUCAACCGAAUAUUGAACAAACAUAUGUUGUUGCUCUUACUGAAGAUAGCUUCACCAUGAAUCAACAGCCUGCAUCUAGGUCAGAAUUUCUGAAUGCUCUGUCGUUUGUGGAUGCCAUUCUUAUUCGUGCUACUCUAAGUGAUAAGAUGAGUGCCACUUCCUUGAAAAAUGUCAUCAUGGAUACUGCAGUUCCUUCACGUACUGGUCAGCCGAGAGCACUAGAAAUAGAACAGUGUCAGUGUCCUAAUGAAUAUACUGGACUAUCUUGUGAGCAAUGCAAGCCUGGCUAUUACAAAGAUCCUGCAACAACUCGCUGCACUCGCUGCCCUUGUAAUGGUCGCGAAGAAUCCUGUACCCCACUAGCAAAUGGUAGUGUUAGGUGUGACUGCCUGCCAGGAUAUUAUGGCCCCUUCUGUAGGGGAUCAGGUCUGAUGCUCGAGAUUAAGCCCUUCAAGGUACUCUUCAACUGGCAUGACCGUGAAGUUUAUGAAAACUUCACAUGUUCAUACCAAUCAUCAGAGCCACUUCGAAUUGCUUUUACACGAGAGCCAACUUUGGUUGAAGAUGGUGCUCUCGGCUCCCUUACGGACACUCAAGCUCCACACAUUGCUGAGGAGUAUACCAAUGGGGCUAAGCACUUCGCUGUCCUGCGCCUCCUUAAUGGCCAUAGGACUGUCACUUGCCGAGUUUAUAAUGCUGAUAACAUGGAAGUGGCCCAGAUGAUGUCGCAAAUUUUAUAUGUUGGUCAUUCCCGGAGAUCACAACCUCCACCUGGCAGACCUGAGCAGCCUUCUAUAACUGUGACCAUCUCUGAACCAAGAAUCAAGGAAGUUGAUCUAGGGCUUUCUGUCCGCUUCCAGUGUUCGGCUCAGUCUCUAACUGGAUCGCAGAAUCGUUUGUCUGUCACUUGGAGCAAGGCUGGUGGUGAGCUGCCAUUUGGAAGAGCCAUAGACAAUCGCCAAGGCCUUCUUGAAAUUAAUCCGGUUCAAAAAUCUGAUGAAGGCAUCUAUAUUUGUGCAGCAACAGAUGGUAUUAGCCAAAUUGUUACACAGAAUGCUACUCUCAUCAUUAAAGGAGGAGGACGACCUCGUGUUAUCUUGGACGUGGAUCGUAAAGUUCUUCAAGUAAGAGUUGGGGCACCAUUAGACGUUCGUUGCUUUGCUGAGGGAAGCCCAUUUCUUCAGAUUAUUUGGACUCGUGGUCCAAACAGAGAUCUUCCUGUCAAUGUGUUCCAGCAGAACGGAUUGCUCUCAUUUCGCAGUGCUCAACUAUCUGACUCGGGAGAAUAUUACUGUACAGCAACAAAUAAUCAAGGAACCGAUUAUGAUCGAAUCAUCAUUAAUGUAGUCCAAGGUGAUGGUGAUCACAGACCUAUAAUUACUGAAAGGCCUACUGCUCCUACUCAACUGAUUAUUGUGAGGGUUUCAAAUGAAAUGGUACAAGCUCGAUCAGGAGAAACUGUACGUGUGAGCUGUUCUGCUGGUAGCCCAGGACAAUUAAGAAUAGAAUGGAGUCGAGUACAAGGGUCCCUUCCUUCACAAGCAGUAACUGAAGGUGGUGAGCUACAAAUUCCAAAUGCCCGGCCAGUUGACAGUGGUAUAUAUGUAUGCCGUAUUACUGAUGAAAGAACUCAAAUUUUCGAAGAAUCUAGCACCCGUAUCGUCAUUACUCAGUUUGUCAACUUGCCAACUGUGCAGAUUCAACCAGACCGACAGACAAUUAAUCAGGGCACAGAUGCAGAACUUCGUUGCGUUGUUACUGGUGAUCCACCUCCAGUUAUUACGUGGUCUAAGGUAAAUGAGGAGUUAGGCCAUGGAGUGAGUAUAGAAGGAAGUAUUCUUAGGAUAACCAAUGCUGUCAUAAAUGAUCGUGGUAUGUAUGUGUGCACAGCCCAGAAUGAUGGAGGUACUGCGCAGGCAGCAGCAAUCAUUGAAGUUGAACGUCGUGAACCACCUGUAAUUGAAGUGUAUCCUGAAUUGAGGCAGACCAUUGUUGUUGGUGCAAGUGCCCUCUUCCAAUGCCACUUAACAGCUGGUAUUCCAAACCCAACUGUUAGAUGGGCUCGUACUGAUGGUCGGCCCUUGACACCAAAUACAGAAACCCUAAAUGGUGGUGUUCUCAGAUUCAACCAAGUUCAAGGUGAUGAAGAAGGCUCUUAUACUUGUACAGCAGAGAAUGAUGCUGGGCUUGUAAGAGCUACAGCUGUACUGGAAAUACAGUCAUUACCAGUAAUAAACAUUCGACCUGGUCCAUCACCAUACACUGUACGUCAGGGAGAGAGAGUCCAUUUAGAGUGCUCUGCCCAAGGUGAUCCUGCUCCAUCAGUUACAUGGCAGAGGCUUCAAGUCAAUUUCCCAUCUGACAUACCCAGCCGAUCAACAGAUCUCAAUGUUGCUGUAUAUGAUAUUGCAAGUGCCACAAAAGCUGAUGAAGGAACUUACCAGUGUUCUGCAAGGAAUUCUGCUGGUGUUAGUCAUGAGAGAUUCCAGCUGAUAGUUGAACAGCACAAUCUUCCUGGCAAUAAUUUACCACCUAUCACACUACCGGAGCCUUCUGCUACUGUCUUCGUUCCUUUUGGAGGAUCAUAUGAAUUUACAUGCUCAGGUCAACCUGAAAGCAACAUCAUUUUCGAUUUCAAACGUACUGAUGGACGACCAUUACCAGAGGGUGCACGCGUUGAUAAUGAUGUUUUGUAUUUAACUAAUGUUGACGAAUCAGCAUCAGGAGAAUAUGCAUGUGUGGGUGUUGACCACAUUUCUGGCAAUAUUCUCUUUACUAUCUACUCUGCCAUUGAAGUUUUCGCACCUCCGAGGAUCACCUUACAGCCAGCUCUACAAGUUGUAAAGCCUGGACAAAAUGUUCGCAUUCACUGCUCGGCCACUGGUCAGCCUCCAAUCACGAUAAACUGGUCCAAAGCAACAGGCUUUAUGCCUCCUUCAGUUGUUAUCAAUGGAGGUGAAAUAAUGUUCCGUGGAAUUAAGACUUCAGAUGCAGGAAGGUACACAUGUACAGCCACCAACAGUGCAGGCACAACAAUGUCCUCCGCUGAAGUGAUUGUCAAUGUAACCAAGCCUGCGGACAAGCCUGAAGUAGUUCCACUGAAUCCUACCAAAAUUCCUAACCAAAAUUUUGGUGGUAUUGGGGUCACUCAAGAUUUUGUUUAUGAAUAUUCUGGGGAGGAUGAUAGUGAUUCGUCUUCAACUCCCGAUGAAGGCUUCUACCUGAGCAUGGGAGCGGAAUUAUCCUGUAAAUUUGAAUGCCCAGACCACCAGACUAUAUGUCUUACUGACUCUCAAAUGUGUGAUGGGAAAACAGAUUGUCCAGAUGGUUCGGAUGAACAGGACUGUCUGUUUGAUGACCUUAUGGCAACAUGCUCUGACUCUCCUUGUGGUAACAAGUUCUGCAUACCUCAACACAAGAUCUGUGAUGGUAUACCUGACUGUAAAGAUGCUGCUGAUGAGAAGGAUUGUCAGGACAAUUUAUUCGACUUAAGUAAGUGCUCAGACUUCUUCAAAUGUGGAGAUGGUUCCUGCUAUUCCUUCUACCUCAACUGCGAUGGCCAGUGUGAUUGUAAUGACUGCAAAGAUGAGAAAAUUUGUUUUCGGCGUAGACGACAUGUUGCUCAUGAUGAACCAUUAUUGACAGCAAUUACACCUUAUGUCGAAGUGGAUGUAGGUCAAACAGCAGAACUACGCUGUGAAGCUUCUGGAGUUGACCCUAAUUCCAUAAGAUGGACUCGUGUUGAAGGUGAACUUCCCCAUGGAGCUAUACAACAAGGCAAUAUCCUUAGACUACCAUUCAUCAGACCUGAAGACUAUGGACGUUAUCAAUGCGAGUCUGUCACACCGGAUGGAGAUUAUAUUAGAGACAUCAUCACCCUUGCAGUUAUGAUUGAACCACGAUUGACAGCAUCUGCACAGUAUGCUGAAGCGUAUGUUACUCAAGCAGCAGAACUACGCUGUGACUUCUCAGGAAUCGACCCCAAUAGCAUAAGAUGGACUCGUAUUAGAGGUCAAAUUCCCCAUGGAGCUGUACGGGUGGGCAAUAUCCUCAGACUGCCAUUCAUCAGACCUGAAGAUGGCGGCAGAUAUCAGUGUGAGGCCAUCACACCUGCUGGACACCAUAUCUCUGAUGUCAUCACCCUCACUGUAAAGAGACUUCAGGCUGUAGAUAUCAGAAUCCGUCCCAGCCGUUCCAACGUACGCAUUGGUGAUGAUAUAGAGCUUACGUGCGAGGUGGGUGGGGACCCAGCUGCUGCUGUGUCUUGGUCAAGAGUAAGCUCUGAUCUUCCAUACAAUGCUCAACGUCGAGGCAACCUCCUCAGACUUGUCAAUGUGCAGUCUGAUAAUGGUGGAAUAUAUAUGUGUACAGUUACAACAGCCAGUGGUGUUUUUGAAGACAGCUUUGCACUAGUAGUUCAAGAAUUAAUAUCAACUGAAAAUAUUGGGUUUGGCCAAAAUACACGCUCAGUGGAAACAAGAUCUGUAGCCCAUGGUUUACGGGCAGUGAUGGAGUGUCGUGUGUCACUUCCACCUCCAGUAUCAUACACAUGGAAUAAACAAGGAGGAAAAUUACCAUCAAAUUCACUUGUUCAUGAUGCUGUUUUAGACAUCCCAGAAGUACACACGGAAGAUGCUGGUUUAUACAUCUGCACAGGUAGCAAUGAAGAGAGAAGUUUAGAUCUUCCAAUACUUCUCCUUGUCACAGGAAUUGUUCCUAGGUUUGAAGAAUCAUCGUAUAUGUCACUGGCAACACUCUCAAGAGCUUACCUGACCUUUACCCUGGAAAUUUCCUUCAAGCCUGAGUCAGAGAAUGGAUUAAUCCUGUAUAACAGUCAACGUGCUGGUUCUGAGGAUGGAGAUUUUGUGUCGUUUGGGAUGAGUGAUGGUUAUGCCGAGUUUCGCUUUGAUGUUGGGUCUGGGCCAGCUGUUAUACGUUCCAGGCAGCCCUUAGAACUCGACCAGUGGCAUACUGUAAAACUCUCCAGGGACCGAAAAGAAGGAACAAUGGUAGUAAAUGAUGAGGCACCUGUUAUUGGCCGUAGUGUAGGACGCUUCCUUGGACUUGACCUUAUUGAACCUAUGUACUUGGGUGGUGUGCCAGAUUUCAGUAAAAUUCAUGAGCAAGCUGGCUUUACUACAGGAUUCAGAGGCUGCAUAAGUCGAUUAACGAUUGGCACACAUCAUGCUGUAGACCUAAUGAGAGAAGUAAAACAUAAGGUAGGAUUAACCUCUUGUGAGACUUGUGCUGGCAAUCCAUGUCACAACAAUGGAGUCUGUCAGGAAGCGUACACUAAAGCGGGACAUAAAUGCAUAUGUCCUGCUGGAUUCUCUGGUGUUCUAUGUGAAGACACUGGUGAAUCAUGUUAUGCAGGUGUGUGCGGUACCGGUCGUUGUGUCAACAAACCUGGAGGCUUUGAAUGUUACUGUCCAUUUGGCAAGGUUGGACAACGCUGUGAACAGGACAUCACAAUCUAUGAGCCAGCAUUCGGAAAUGAAGCUUAUAUUGCAUACCCAACACCGAGAGCACUGAGACGGUUUUCUGUUGAUCUGAACUUUAAACCUGAGAAUUUAGAUGAUGGUGUUUUAAUGUACUGUGCACAAAAAGAAAGUGGUGAAGGAGAUUUUACAUCAUUAGCAAUCCGAAAUAAGCGUUUGGAGUUCCGUUUCAAUACCGGAAGUGGGACUGCAAAUAUUCAGAGUGAUGCUCUUCAGGAAGGCCAGUGGAUUGAGGUUCGGGCAAACAGAACAGACCGCCUAGGUUCCUUGAUGAUUAAUGAUGGCCAGGUGUUGAAUGGUGAAUCUCCAGGAUCAAAUCGUGGACUUAAUCUAGUUACCCCAUUAUUCAUUGGAGGUGUAGAUCGCUCUCGCAUUGCUAUAUCACCUGAAGUAGGAGUCAAAAAUGGAUUCACAGGAUGUGUUUCAGAGAUAAAGUUGAUGGACCAGGAAAUACAAUUGGCAGAAGCAAUUGUUGAUUCAGCAAACGUUGGUCAGUGUGGAGGAUCAUCAGUUUCUUCAUGUAAGCAAAACCCAUGUAGAAACAGUGGGCAGUGUGUUGAUACUCCUUCUCUAACUCAAGGAUAUGUAUGUGAAUGCCAAGAAGGCUAUAGUGGUCACAACUGUGAGAUUGUACCUGGAGUGUGCAACCUUGCUCAUCCGUGCCAGAAUGAUGGUGCCUGCAUUGGUUCUGGCAACAAUUAUACAUGCCAAUGUCCACUGGGAUUCACUGGAAGUCACUGUGAACGCACUGUUGAAAUUGAAGGUUCAGCAUCAUUCUUGGGCAAUUCAUGGGUCGAGUUUGAUCAGUCACUGUUGCCUGAAGAUGGUGCUGCCACUCAGAAAGCCUUGUUUGAGUUCUCCACACUUAAGUCUGAUGGUCUUCUCUUCUGGUAUGGUCAAGAAUCUAAUGUAUCUGGGCAAGGACAGGACUACAUAAGUGUUGCAAUUAAAAAUGGUUAUGUGGAGUUAAGCUACGAAUUGGGAGCAGGUCCAGCUUUGAUUCGGUCAUUAAGUCGUGUAGAUAAUGGAGACCGGCAUACUUUGAUAAUCAAACGAACAGAAAGGGAGGGAACAUUGAAAUUAGAUCGAUCUCCAGCAGUGGCUGGACAAAGCCCUGGUUUAAUGUAUGCGCUCAAUGCAAAGGGCAAUAUAUAUAUUGGAGGAGUGCCAGACUUACCUUUGAUGACUGGUGGAGCUCAUACAAGUGGUUUUUAUGGUUGUAUCCAUAGAUUAAUUAUUGGUGAAGAAAAAAUUACAAACUUUAUGAAUUUAGCUGUCUCAGGUGUUAAUGUCAACCCUUGUCCAAGUUCCAGAGUCAGGGAGAAUACGCAUGUUACCAACACCUUUGAAGAGAGACAUUUCAACAGUGGAAGGAAUUUCCACCGCAGGACAGUCGUCAGUACAAAAAGGACUGUUCAUACAUCACGAAACAACAUACAUGGCUAGACAGUUGUUAAAUGCUGAUUUUGGAGUCGGAGAGGCAAGGGAAAGGGACGUCGUAGGGGUUAAUGAGCAGCGUGAGGGCUACUUCACUAUUGCUAUUGUAUGGACUAGUCUUCCAGCGAGGUGGGGAACAGGGAUGCCGUCAGAACUGCCUACUACCCCUGCUUCCUACAGUGACACAACUAUUUCUGGAGCCAGAUAUGUUUCAAGACGUAUCCCUCCAGUGGUACAUUGUUAUUAUUGAUGAUGAAUAGGGCAACUAUUCAUAAAGGGAUAAUUGUGCCUUGAUGCAGUGAACAUGUACUGAGCCCAUCAGGUUUACAGAUACAUGCGCCCUCUGCCACCUCAGAAUGCUAUUACUUCUGCAAUACCAUGUGUCUUCUUGUAUCCUAGUCCACGGAAUCCUUGUGUUUCCAUGAAGGUUGUCUUAGGUGUUAUAAGACAGGAUGACCAUUGCAAACUUUCGGCUACUAGAAGUGCCACAUGAUACCUUUCUCUCUGGCAUCAAAUUUAAUCAAUCCAAUGUGUUCAUCUUUAUUAUUAGAUCUUGAAAGCUCUGUAAGAGAAUAUUUUUUAAAUUUUGACUAAUAUCACAAAUUGAAUGCACACUGUGAAAAGAAAGACACAAUAUUAAUUAAAAAAUAAGUUUGUGAUUGAGACUAAUUUCUGGGAAACUUGUUGUAGUUGAAGCAGUAGUAAAAGUAUAAUGUCUGUAACUGAUAUAUUUGUGGUGUGAGAGCUUAUGUGUGAACCCCAGAUGCUUGGUGGUGUUGUAUGUGACCCCUUGUUAGUGUUGUUCCUAGUGUAAUAUUAUCCUCACUGAUGAUAAGGGUGAGCUUCUUAUAGUUGAUACUGCUCCCAUCAUAAUUUUCAUGCUAAAAUUUCUACUAAUACUCUGCCUCUGUAAGUAUUUUCCUAUCUGACUGCACAGUGAUCAGUUUGCAGCCUUUCUGUGGCUACUCGAGCUUUUUCACCUUUUUUAUAGCUGACAAUGGUGCUACCAGGAUGAAUGUUUUACUUCUUAUUUAGGUGUAUCAUAGUUUUAUAACUUAAGUUUUUAAUAAUAAUUUAAUAAACUUCGCCAUCAACACUGCCAUUAAUUAUUUCAUAUUUGAAUUUGAGUUGGUUUGAAAGCAAAUCAUUUAAUUUUAUUAUUAUUAUUAUGAUUAACUUUAUGACUGCCACUCAUAUUUUCAAGUCUAUUAGUGUAUAGUCAACAAUCAAUUCUACAGUCAGGCAUCAUAUAUGUUUCAUUAUAAAUCAGUAUCUCCUAUGGUGUCUCAAAUCUAAUGUGAAUACUAAUGUCCUUAUACAGUAAUUGGCUUUUUAUAAAGUAACAUUUGCAAAACUUGCCUUAUAAAAUUUGUAUUGUACAAGGUUUCAAAUCAAAUAAUAGAUGUCCAACUGUCAAAACCAAAAUGUGAUAAUAAUUGAGAAAAUUUAUCAGAUUUCUCUUACUGUACUCAUUUAAUUGUAAUAAAAACUGACUAGCCUCACUCUUUGUAUAUUCAGUGCAAUGAGCUUUGUGGUCUUGGCUUUGUCAAGUGUUAGGUAAAUAAGGUUUUGGGUUUCUACUCUGAGAAUACUCAUCUUAACCACAGCAGUUGCGACACAAGACCGAAAUCUCUUGGUCGUCUUUGUAAUGCCGUGACUACCGAGUCUCCUUACAUGCACGUUGAUUUUGUAAGUAUGGUGUGGCAUCUCAUCCCAUCUAGUGUCUUAAUUUAUAAAUGAUGCUCCCCAAAUCUUCUUAUACAUGGUCUUGGAGUUUGACCAGAAGGAAGAGCUGUCCAAUUGUUGCCUUCAUGUUCUCUUCCCCCAGUAUAGUUCAAGUGAAGAAGUUGUUGUUGUUAGUGAGAUUCUUGUUACACCUCUUACCUGUGUGAAUAGUUAUUACCAAUAUUUUGGAAAACAUAAGGUCCAAUUUAGUAUCAUUAUCAUAUAAACAUGAAAUCAUGAGAUUGAUUAAUUAAAACCUAUGACUAAAGUAAGUGCAUUAUGUGAAAUAUUCCAAUGUUUAUUAAAUUCCAUAUAAUAAAGCCUAUACUGUAUAUCCUAUAAAAUACCAAAUAAUGUAAAUCAAUUUUAAACUAAUUUCAAACUAUUUACAGUAGGUGAAUGCCAUUCAGAGAAUGCUAAAUUAUGUAAGAUGUGCUUAGGAUGAAAACUUACUAGAAAUGAACUUAAAUGAAAGAAUCUUGAUUCUCCCACAACUACUUGUGCUGUGCAGCAAUAUUCUUUGCUAAUCAGUUUGUUAAUGGUUCAAGCAGCUGCUGCCUCUGUUUCUAUUGAUACCCACAAGUAGAAGACAGUUUCACUACCUAUAUUAUGUGGGUGCAGUGUUGUGAUGCAGUUAUAAAAAUAUAAAAAUUUUCCUUAGAAAUUCUUUGAAAUAAAUGUAGAAUAUUUAUUGGAUUUUAUUUUGUAAUUAUCCUGAACUGAUGUGCCAAAAAAUUUAAUUGCAUUCAGUUAAAAAUAUAAUAUUAACUUUGAGGCUUUUACAACACAACUGCUGCAUACAGAAUUGACAACAUAACUUGACUGACCUUAAUUCAAAUUGGGACCUCUCUCUUGCUCUAGCCAUUGACACUCAAACCUCUUGGUCUGGUUUGUAAUGCAGUGAUUAUCAAAUCUUUCAAAAAAUACUGUAUGCUAUUUUCUUAAGUAGGAUGUGGCAUACCAUCCCAUUAAAUCUUGCCAACUUGUCAAUGUUGCUCCCCAAAUCUCCAUAAACAUGCUGUAGAACUUUGGCCAGGAGGCAGAGCUGCUGAACUUUUACACAUGUUGUAAAUUGUCUAUCUCCAAUAGUUUGGAGCAUGUGAAUCUAAUGAGAUUGAAUAAUUAAAACUUAAUUAGAUUGCAGUGUAUAAAAUGUCCCAGUAUUCAUUUAAGUUCAUCUAAAUGUCUAUAAUUCUUGUAAAUGCAAAAUGGUUAUGCAAAUCAAAAUGCAGACAUUUCUAUAAAUAGGACCACAAGAAAUCAACAUAAAUGAAAGAUUCUCAAUUCUCCCACAAAGAUGCUUGUGCUGUGCAGUGCAGCAGUAUUCACUGACCAGUCUGUUGAUGGUUCAGGCUGCUGUUACUUCAUUUGAUGUCUACAAAUAAAAUGAAGUGUUAUUACUUGCCUACAAUUAUGUGGGUUCUAUGUUGUGAAGCAGUCAAUUACAAAAAUACAAUCUUUCCCUUGAAUUUGUCUGCAAAAUAAAUAAGAGAACACACAA